CGGGACUGCUUGGGUUAGCCUGCUUUCUGCCGAUCCGUAGUGGUGAAUUUAGGUGCCGGGUGUGCACCGGGAGGGAUGUGCGAGAUUCUCUGGCUGAAGAAAGCUACUACGCUUCUUACGUGGGUUUUGUUUUUUGUUUUUGUUUUUCAGCGUUUCGCUUUUAUCUGAUUUAACUCCAGCUUCUCAACAAUUCUUUUAACCCCGCCUUCACAUCUGUUCGGUUUUGUACUGCCAGAUUUCGUGUUGAGGAGUGCCCUGCGUCUUAGGGUGGUUAUUAAUACUCUUGCCGCCAUUCUCUUGUCAGCUUCACUUUUAGAUUAAUUGGAACUGUGCAUUAAUAGACUGAAAAGGAUUAACGGGUAAAUACGACGUUUUAGUCUCUAACCCUGGAUAAAGUACAAGCAUUUAAAUUAACAGUUUUGUGGAUAACCUGUUGAGAUAUCGUUUGAUUUAAAAGGGGAGAACUGCAUGUUUUAAAAUUGCUUUUGAAAGUCACUUCUUGUUAUACUCUCCCCCGCCCUUCCUGCUUGCUCUCUCCCCUCGUCCUCAAACUGAAAAUUUGUUGUGAGGUCUUGUGGAUCCAGAAGAAAGUUCUAGCGUUCAGAACUGUGGGACUCGUUUUGUUACCAACAAUAUGAAAGGCUCUGAAUUUAGCCCGAAAAAGCAAAAUAGGGUCAAAAUACCAGCAAGGAGACUUCGUGAGGUAUCUCCCAGUCAGGGAGAUGAUUUGGCUUUGUUGAAAGAUGAGUUGCCUUGUGUUCCUCCGGCAUUGUCUGCAAAUAAACGCCUUCCUGUUGGAAUGGGGACUGGCUUAAAUGGAACAUUGCAUGGUUCAUCAGAUUUAACUGCUGCCAGAAAUCAUCACUGGCCUGCAUUAGAAAAUCCCACUAUGUCAGAAAGUGAUUUUUGUAAAGAUGUUGCAGCACAAGGGUUGCCUCUGGAUAAAACAGAAGAGAGCAACAGACAAGAAGCAAAUGACAUCCUUAUUUCUCAGUACACCAUGGGGCAGAAAGAUGCUCUAAGAACUGUUUUAAAGCAAAAAGCUCAAAGCAUGCCUGUUUUUAAGGAAGUAAAAGUACAGCUUUUAGAAGAUGCAGGUGCAGAAAAGGAUGCUAUUAUUCAAGAGACUAGAACUUCACCCAGUGGAAUUGAUUCAGCUACAACUGUGGCCGCAGCAACUGCUGCUGCCAUUGCAACAGCAGCUCCACUGAUAAAAGUGCAGAGUGAUUUGGAAGCAAAAGUCAAUUCUGUUACAGAAUUGCUUAAUAAGUUACAGGAGACUGAUAAGCAGUUACAGCGUGUUACAGAGCAGCAAACAAACAGUCAGAAUAAACAUGAGAAACUUCACUGUCAUGAUCAUGAAAAACAAAUGAAUGUGUUUAUGGAACAGCACAUUAGGCAUCUUGAAAAAUUACAGCAACAACAAAUAGAUAUCCAGACUCAUUUUAUUAGUGCUGCACUGAAGACUAGUAGUUUUCAGCCUGUUAGUAUACCCCCUUCCAGAGCGGUGGAAACUUAUUCUGUAAAACCAGAACAUCCUUAUCUUGGUAACAGUAAUCUGUCUUCACAUAACAUGUUCACAUCCAAACAAGCAUCUUUAAGAGAGGUUGAAGAUAUGGGUUUUGAUAAACAGAAGUCUCCUUUGGAGACACCAGCACCUCGCAGAUUUGCUCCUGUACCUGUUUCAAGGGAUGAGAAAAUAUCAAAGAGAGAAAAUCCUAUGGAAGAAAAAGAAAACAUGGAGAUAUCAGGUCAUAGAGGAAAUGUAACACUAUUGGAACAAAUUUUGAAUAGCCAUGAUACUCUGACAAGAAAAAGUGAGUCUUCAGACAAAGCCUCACUGGCUAGAACAAAAAUAGGAUGGAAUCCUGAGAGAAGAGACAGCAUUGACACUCUACCUUCUCAAACAUUUCCUUCCUAUGAAGAGCUAGAAAAAGCUAAAGUGACUAUGCAGAAAUCUGAUGAUGUUCUUCAUGAUAUUGGCCAAAAAAAGAAAGAAACAAAUGGCAUGCUCCAGCCAAAAGAAUGUUUGAUUAUGUCAAGGCUUGCUGAUCUUCCACAGACUUCAGUUAAGCUUCAGACAACCAAAACAAGAUCUAUAUUGAGAGAUGCUGAGAAGAUUUUGAGAGGAGUACAAAAUAAUAAAAAAGUACUUGAAGAAAACUUGGAAGCUAUUAUUCGCGCCAAGGAUGGAGCUGCUGUGUAUUCAUUUAUCAAUGCUCUGUCUACCAACAGAGAGAUGUCAGAGAAGAUUCGGAUCAGAAAGACAGUAGAUGAGUGGAUUAAAACUAUUUCUGCUGAAAUUCAGGAUGAACUGGCAAGAAAAGAUGAACAAAAGAGAUUUGAUCAGAAGAAUCAAAGGACAAAGAAAGCACAGUUUAAAGAUACUAAAACCAGCACACAAGACAAAACUGUAAAUAAUUCAGUAAUUCCAAGAAAACAUUCUCAAAAACUAAUAGAGGAACAUUUUAGCACUCCAUCUAAGAGGAACAUGACUGCUUCAAGCUUACAAAGAGAGAGAAAAGAAGGACUUCUGAAAGCAGCCACAGUGACACAAGAUGAGGAUCAUAUGUUACAAAUUUAUGGAAAACCAGUUUACCAGGGCCAUCGCAGCACCCUUAAAAAAGGACCAUAUCUCAGAUUUAAUUCUCCUUCUCCUAAAUCCAAACCACAGAAACCAAAAGUAAUAGAACGAAUUAAAGGCACUAAAGUAAAGUCAAUAAGAACACAAACUGACUUUUAUGCAAGAAAACCUAUGAAGAUGGUUUCUAAAAUACAGCAUUCCUUUACUGCAGUACCUCAGGGUGAUCAGAAGUAUGUGUUCAGCCCAAGCAGAGAAAUGCCUACUCUUUCAGGUACAUUGGAAGGUCAUCUAAUUCCUAUGGCGAUUCUUUUAGGACAAACUCAAAGUAAUAGUGAUUCCAAGCCACCUGCUGGAGUGAUUAUGAGCAAACCACACCCUAUAACAGUGACUACUUCUAUUCCUCCAUCAUCUCGAAAAACAGAAACUGGUGUAAAGAAGCCUAACAUCGCAGUUGUAGAGAUGAAGUCAGAAAAAAAGGAUCUUCCUCAGCUUACUGUACAGGUAUUACCCAGUGUAGAUAUUGACAGCAUUUCAAAUGUUAGUGCUGAUGUUAGUCCGUGUCUGCCUAGUCCCAAAGAAGCAUCACCUCCUCCUCUGCAAACCUGGAUACAGACUCCAGAAUUUUCCAGGAUAGAUGAAGAAGAGGUGAAAUUUCCCGGAACCAACUUUGAUGAAGUAAUUGAUGUAAUACAGGAAGAGGAAAAAUGUGAUGAAAUUCCAGAUUACCCUGAACCAAUUCUGGAGUUUAACAGAAGUGUUAAAGCUGUUUCUACAAAAUACAAGGGCCCACCAUUUCCACCAGUUGCUUCUGCUUUUCAUCCCACUGCUGAUAUUCUGGAUAAAGUAACUGAGAGCAAAGAAACAGUGGAAAAUAGCUUAAUUCAGUGGGUAGAACAAGAAAUAAUGUCAAGAAUUAUCUCUGGGCUCUUUCCAAUCCAGCAACGGGUUGUACCUAAUAUCAGUGUUUCAGUCAGUGAGGAAAGUGAACCACUGACCUCUGACAUUGUGGAAGCAGCAGGCAGUGGUGCCCUCCAGCUUUUUGUCGAUGCAGGGGUCCCUGUGAAUUCAGACAUGAUUAGCCAUUUUGUGAAUGAAGCUCUUGCUGAGACCAUUGCUGUCAUGUUGGGUGACAGAGAAGCAAAGAGGCAAGGUCCUGUUGCUGCAGGUGUUCCUGGGGAUGUUUCAACAAGUGAAACAUACUUACCGGUAAGAGUGUGUACUCCAUUACCUACCCCACAGCCUACUCCUCCUUGCUCACCUUCGUCACCUCCUAAGGAGCGAGUGAUAGUAAAAACUCCAGAUUCUUCUCCCUGUGAUUCAGAUCAUGAUGUAGCUUUUCCUGUGAAAGAACUAUUUGUGGAAAAAGGAUUUGAAAUCUCUGCCACUACACUUGUUAAUACUCCAGUGGUUACCCCUGUUCCUACACCUCCUCCAACAGCAGCUCUUACCCCGACUUUGUCAGAGAUUUCUGUUGAUAAACUGAAAAUACCAAGCCCUGAAUUUCCUAAGCCAUGGGGUGAUGGAGAGCUGCCUUUGGAAGAAGAGAAUCCUAACUCCCUUAAAGAAGAACCUCUUCAACCAAGAGCUAUUGUGAUGUCUGUGUCUAAGGAUGAAGAACCUGAGAGCGUAGAUUUCCCUGCUCAGCCUGCACCUCCAGAGCCAGUUCCCUUUAUACCCUUUGCUGCUGGUGCCAAGGCCCCUUCGCCCACACAGACGCCAGGUUCUAAUUCAUCAACACUGGAGAGCACCUUGAGUGUUACGAUCACUGAAACAGAAACUUUAGAUAGACCCAUCUCUGAAGGAGAAAUUUUAUUUAGCUGUGGUCAAAAAUUGGCUCCCAAGAUUUUAGGAGAGGGAAGACUCUAUUUGACAAACCCAAGUGAUAGCUUAUCCAGUACUCUGCAUGAUGCCUUUGAAAUGGAAGAUGAUCCUCCCAGUGAAGGGCAAGUGAUUAGGAUGCCGCAUAAAAGAUUUCAUGAAGAUGCAGUUCUUUCUCUUCUUGCAAAACAAAACCUGGAAUCAUUAGUUUCACAGCAAGUAGUCUGUCAUUCAGAGGACUUGGAAAACAGUGUGGGUGAACUUAGUGAAGGACAAAGGCCCAGGCUGACAGCAGCAACACAAAACAUCUUAAUGGGAUAUUCUGUCUGUAUGCAGCAGCCUAUCACUAAUGCAGAGUCUUUGGAUCAAAAAUGUGAUUCUGAGCCAUUAUCUCAGCAGUUUGACACAGUUCCAGGAGGUGUUUAUGAAGAUUCAUGUGUGAGUCAUGGUCCAAUGAGUUUGGGAGAAUUGGAGUUGCAACCAAGUUCUAACCUUGUUCUUCCAGCAACACUUCUGACAGCACAAGAAAACAAUGUUAAUUUGCCAGUAAUGUUUGAAAAAUUUUCUCAGUACCAAGAAAAGCAAGACCAGGAUGUUAAACAAGUUGAACACAAGCCAGCACAAAGUCAUUUAAUACGUGUAAGAAAUAAAUCUGAUAUUUCACUUCCACAGGAAGAAGCUUCACUAGGUGAUAUGGAUCGGACACAAGUUGAGCCCAGUCUAUACCUCACAUCUUUAUUUACAGGUGGUAAAGCAGUACCACUCUUCACUUCUCAGGCAGCACCAGCCAAGAUGUCUGUGACACUGCCCUCAGUGAACCUUGACGACGGCUCUCAGUCUCUGAGCAUCGUCAGCACAAUACAGGGUGACAUGGAUUCCUCAGGAGCAGAUACCUUCUGAAUGGGAAGUGAGCAAGCACAAUAUGUACCACUGGUUUUGAAAUCAUUUUACUUUGGCAUAAAAAACCUUCUCUCAAACUCUUUUGGUCUUUGAGCUUAUUCUGAAAAACCGUUUCUAAUUUUUUAUUAUAAUGAAAGCAUAUUUUAGGUAUUUAGGUAAAGUUUUUAAAUAAAAUAAUUUAAAUAUAAGUCA